CUCCACCAUGGAGGUGGCCUGGCGAAUGGUGCUGAUUGCCUUUGAAGAAUGUGCUCGCACAAGCACUCCCUGGGCCUUGCACCAAUUCAACUUGGGUUUCCAGGCACAGAGCCUCAUCUUGCAUUCGAAGCUGAAUGCUGGGAUGCCGGCUGCUGGGAUAAUCCCAAUGCUAAUGAUGACGCUCUGCUGCCGCUAAACAAAAAAAAAAAAAAAAAAAAAAGGCGCAGCUACCGUCCGCGACCCGCUAACAAGGCUCUGAGAAACGCAAAAAAAAAAAAAAAAAAAAGAAAGAAAGAAAGAAAGAAAGCCGCCUGCCUGCAUUGGAUGCAGUGACGGACACAUCUCGUCGGUUGUGACAACAGGUACAGACUGCCCAGAUGCAUGGCAGCACAAAGGACCCAUUGCCCAACUCCAGCAACGUCUUUGGUGAAUGUUGCAAACUGCAAGCAGCGCUGUCUCUUCUUCUCCAGCAGACGUUGCAAGCCUCAGCUAGCCAUUGAUUAUUGAUCGAUGGCCACUGAUACUCAUAUAAAGUAGGUACUCCAUGCUCAUACAAGUAUGUUGAUAUGCCUGCGCAAGAAACAAACAAACCCACACCCGCAUGCCGCUACGUUCGGCCCCUUGCUGAAACAUGGCGUCGAGUGUCGGCAGGAGUACCUGAGCAUGUACAGUACCUAGAGGUAUAGGCAUUCUGUU